CGGCAACAGAACAAGGCUAUCACAAUUUAAUGUCGUUAUAGUCACUUGCUGUUUGGCUUAGACAUAAGCUAGUCAUAUUUAGAUUCGAGUUAACUAUACUCCAAAAUUUAAUUGAAUCAGUCACAGAUAUUAACAAUAUCAGUGCAAGCCAAUUGUUUCAUACUGAGUUAUAGAUAGGUAACUUAGAAGAAACUAUACCUAGAUGUCUCUAGUUUGAUAAGGUUCUCAGGAUUUGUGAUUAGUGUUUAAAAAAGGUGCUCUUCAUUGUUUAAAGGAAUAUCUACCACCUUUCAUAGUGAUUUGUUAUUAGUGAAGUUUUAAAUUAACAAAGUAGUGACAUUUCUAUUACUUAGUUCUAAUAUUCUAUUAGAAACUGAAUUUACUAGUUUGAACUUUUGUGUCUGAAGAGGACUAAUAAAAGUGAAAUUUUUUUACCACAAGUCAACAUCAGCUUCAAGUUGGAUUUCAAGGGUGUCUCAUCUUGUUUGGGGGCCUUGGGAUCAUCCCCUGCCCCCUCGGUUCACACUUCCCCAGAAGAACUUUCUCAUCAACAGUUUAAUAUUUUUCCCGCAAUAUUCAGUAGACAGUUAAAUUUCAAUGCGUGCCCUCAAUCCAAAACAAUGAUGGACGAAUUAAGGCCCAAUCUUGUUGGUGUCGGAAAUCUUUUAGGAGUUAGUGGUUUACUCGACGACCAUCAUGGACAUCUGAGUGGUGUCAGCAAUAAUAUAGACAAGACGGGUAGUUCUAGAAAGUGCAAUAGUACCAGUGGUUCUUCUGCGGAAGAUUUUAAUGCUAUUUACGGAAAUUUACCUCAUUCACAUGAACACCAUGGUCAUACUCCAGCACAUACUCCUCCAACUGGUAGAACAAUUGCAGAUAAUAACGAUGGAGCAUUCAAAAAAUUAAAACCAGAACCACAAACGAUACCUAGUGGAACAAAUUUAGGAACAGUUUCUCCAAGCAGUGGACCUCAGCAUGCCGGUCAUACACCAACCACUGCAUCCUGUCCAACGCCUGCACGAAGACGGCAUCGUACUACCUUUACCCAAGAACAACUAGCAGAAUUAGAAGCAGCGUUUGCCAAAAGUCACUAUCCUGAUAUUUAUUGUAGAGAAGAAUUAGCUAGGAGUACAAAAUUAAAUGAAGCUAGAAUACAGUCUAAGACCCCUAAGAUAAAUGAAAAUAAUGUUGACUAUUCAAUAAUUGAAUCAACGAACUCAGAGGAGCAACCGGAGAACCGAGAACCUGUGACUGAAACAAUAAAUUGUCCAACAACAAAGAGAAUUUCAAAAGAUGUAAACCUGUUUGAAACAUUUGAAACUAUAGAAGACGACGAUCCUGAUUAUAUUCCUGAAAGAGAAAAUGAAGAGUCCAACAUGGGGGAGAUGGAUAAAGAAGAAAUUACGAGCGUCCACCAUCCAGAACAGUGUAAUAAAAUUACUCGACAACCAUUAAAGAAGCUUACUAAAAAAGAAUAA